CUUUGUCUAACAGAAAAAUGGCCUCAACUCUCCCAAAUAUGAGCUUCUAUGCCCCCACUUCAUCCAUUAGAUUGAACAAAUUUCCCAAUGUCAAGUUGCUAACUUUAUCAAGCACAAGCAAUAAAACUUUCUCAAACAAUGUUAAGGCUAUGACAGGAGGGGAAGCAAGCUUGCAAAAGGCAAAGCAGCAGCAGCAACUGCAACCAAAGAUGAAGGUUCCACAAGCUUCACCUAAAGUGUUGUUGAACCAAUUUCCAGUAGCAAGGACUGUGCAGCAAAUGAUGGACACAAUGGAGAGGAUGGUAGAGGAUCCCUUGGUUAACAGUAGCAAUUCACCUUGGAUAGUUGUAGGAGAUGAUGAAUACAGCAAGGGAAAGAUUCCUUGGGCAAUAAAGGAAGGCCAGAAAGAUUACAAAAUGAGAUUCAACAUGCCAGGUAUGAACAAGAAUGAUGUCAAGGUAUGCAUUGAAGAGAACAUGCUGGUUGUAAAGGCAGAGAAAGCAAACAGGGAGUACCAUGAAGGUCAAGCAAAUGGCAAUGAAGAAUCAAGCACUAAACAUGAAGAAGACUGGCCUGCCAAUAGCUAUGGUAGGUAUAACCACAGAAUAGCCCUCCCAGAAAAUAUAGAGUUUGAUAAAAUUAAGGCACAGGUCAAAGAUGGUAUUCUUUAUGUAACAAUUCCCAAAAGCAACAUCUCUGCAAAAAUAAUUGACAUAGAUGUACAGUAA